AUGUAUGUAUACAUUGCAUCAUUGUGUUAUACAACGACAUUGGCUCUGCAACCAGAAGUGCCACAAGCCACAACUGAUUUGGCCACCCAGCUAUUCAACAGUGCGAAAGAUAAUAGAAAUAAUAUCUUUUCGUCGUUACCAAAUCAUGAGAUUGAAGCCGAAAACAGUAUCAAUUUCAUUGGUUACAAACAUUCAACCAUAGUUUAUGAUGUCUCAUCGUAUUGUUUGAGUACAGAAAAUGAAAAAAAUCAACAUGACGACAGUGAUGAUGACGAUAGCGAAAGUUCCGAAAUUGAGCUAGAACUAAAUGAACAUUUUAAUAAAUCGAUCGAUUUUACUUUACUACAAAAAUUAGUGCUCUUAGUAUUGAAGGCCAUUGCUGUUACCGUAAGACCGAUCGGAGGUGGUGAUUCAUCGGAUAGUUCGAUGGAUAGUUGCAGUAGCAGCAGUAGUGUGGAAACAGUUGAAAAUGAUUGGACACAUAUUGAGCAAGUAACAAAGGAUGCGUUCGAAAAAAUUCAAUCUUUCUUGAGAAAUAAAUUGAAUUUCCAUCCCGAAACGCAUUUCAGCAAAGUGAUAGUGCACCUGUUCAGCAAUCAAGAUGAUUAUUUACUUGAAGCAAUGCUGUGUAUGUUGGGUACAACUAUUGCUUUUUUACCACGACAACCCCCAUUCGGCAGUACAACAAACCGUCAAUCGAGCAAUUCAAACAAUGAUCGGCCAAUAUUACGAAUGCUUAUCGAAAUAAUUAGUCCAGUGUACACUUUUUUAGAAUUUUUAGAAUUGAUUCAAUACGGUAUGCAAACAAUGCUCGAUUUUUUAAUCACUGAUGAGACUUGUUUCCUCCUCUAUUUUCUGCGUUUCCUCAAAUACAUUCGCAGUGACUGGACAAUGUUUCAAAAUCAUUGCAACAAGUGGCAUAGUUCAUCCAGUGCUAUGCGAACUAACUGUCAUUCCGAAAAACAACAAUAUAAACGUGUGAUGGACGUUCUGAUUCAGCUGCGCUUGAAAUUGGAUCGUUUGGUGUUCCAGAGACUAUUUCCAUAUGAUAUUACACCAUUACUUCAACUAAUGCGUCAGUGUGAAAGCCUCUACGAAGGAAACUAUGGACUUUGCUAAAUAAUAGUUUUUAAAAAAACUAAGAUUUAUUGCCAAUUUAAUAAUUCAAAUUAAAGAAUUGAUCAGUAGCUUGUAUUAUUUAGAAAAAAUUUAACAGGUAUUUAGUUUUGUUGACUAAUCAACAUGAAUAUAUCUUCGAAUGUUCAUAGCUCAUAACUGUUUUGUGCUUACAUUGCGCGCGUAACAUAGAAUCGGUUUUAUAAUUAUAUUAUAUAUUGUAUACUGUCAAUCACAUUUCGAAGCAUAAUUAUUUACAGCGAUUCAGUGAGCUAAUAUAAUCUCUGAAAAUAAACCAAGAAAUACAUAAUAUACGUGAAAAAAUCCAAGCAAAACAAUCAAAAUUAGAAUAAUUUUUUCUAAAUAAAUUUUAUCCGAGCGGAACUAACUGAAAAUGAGAUUUACAAAUGAUAUAAAAAAACAAAAUUUUGCUAGAAAUAUUUACACUGAAUGUAAUUAAUUAAACUGUAUUUUUAGGACUUUUUUUAAAAAUAAAAGAGACUUUAGUAAUUUAUAAUAAUUACAUUUUUUAAAUAAUGGACGAUGAAGAGGUGUAUUGGUCUGUAAUCGUCACCAUGCAAAAUACGUUACUUACCAAAAAGAGAUAAAUGAUUAUUAUGAACAACUUUGCAUAAAUAAAUAGGCUCUAUAUUCAUUUUGUUUAUUGAUUAUCAAAACUACUAAUGGUAAUAAUUUAAAUAGGUAUUGAUCCAUUAUCAUUCAUCAUAAAAACAAUUUUUUACUUCUCUUGCCAUAUCGAUCA